AUGAUCAACACAUUCUUGAAUACCACCGCCGAAACCGGUAUUAACGCAGUGAAGAUAGCCUUUGUAGAUGUAGCUACAUCGCAUGGACACGGUUUUCUGAUUGGCCUGUUGAUCGAAACUGCAAAUCAGUCGACAUCAACACACUUAAAAUUGGACAGACCCAUCUUCCGAGACCCAGAUGUAGCUGAAUAUGUAGACUCUCUAACAGCUCAAACAUUAUCAUCUCUAUUAUCGCUACCUGCCAAACUGGCCUCUGAAUCUGCAUCAGUCGAUGCACAAUUAUCAGAGCUGGCGUACUCGGAAUAUAAGUCAUUUCUGACUUCAUCGACGUGUGAAGAGGAUGUAUUGCGUGGAUUUGAUAAUUUAGAUUCACAUCUCGAGAAGCUGGAUGCUUCCUUCCCGUCGUUGGAGGCAUCUUGUAAUACCUUUUCGGAGAAUGCGACUUCUACCAUUCUAACCCAGAAGGCUGUAUAUGCUACACUGCUCAAUAAGCAUGGUAAAUUACUAGAAUUGCUUGAAAUACCACAAUUAGCUGAGACGUUUGUAAGAUCGGGGUAUUAUGAGGAAGCUAUGGACCUGUAUACAUACGUCAUGAGAUUGUCUGCUCGACAUCCGCAGUCAAAACUGAUAAUAGGUAUAGGUGAAGAAGUAGAAACUAUUAAAAGGACCAUGGUGCAACAACUGGUCAAACUGUUGAGUGCCAAUGUCAAACUGCCACUCUGUAUUCGAGUAGUUGGUUACUUGAGGAGACUGUCAGUGUACUCGGAAGUAGAUUUACGUAUUCUAUUUUUACAGCAACGUGAUGCCUUUCUACGAAGCAUGCUGCAUGAACUCAAUGGUGAACGAGACUCGGGAGAGUUUUUACGCCGAUACAUAGAAAUAUCUAGAGAGUACUUUUUUGAUAUAGUAGCACAGUAUCGAGCUAUAUUCUCGGAUACCCCGAUAUCAACCUCAUCGUCACUACCACCAUUAACACCAACUACACCUAGCUCGCUCUAUGGUAGUUCGCACGGAGAAGGAGAAACGCAAACAUCUACAAGUACCAUCUUAUCGUCAUAUGCUGCACAUGCUGUAUCAACUCUAGUAACCAUGCUAACAACGCACCUGGCCAAUAUACGAGAUACCUCACGGCUAUCAUCUCUAUUGACGCAAUGUAUGUAUUAUGGAAUGUCACUAGGUCGGGUCGGCAUCGAUUUCCGUAUGGUAGUAGGUAAAUUAUUUGAAGAUGCCGUGCAACGGAUUAUAGAAGAUGAAGUAAAUGCAGGUGUAGAUCGAUUUGAACGUAUGAUCCAAGACUUGGGUGAGAAGGGACUGACUACAAAGACUGCAGUUGCCUCCACUACCAGUGAUGGAAAGACUGGAACAUCUAGGCCAUCCACUACUCCUCCUGCCUCAUUAUUAAGUCAUCCACCGUUAGCCCAUUUAAUUAAUGCCUACUUUGCCGCAUAUAAUCAACUUCGACUUUUGGCACCCAUGUCUCUCAUAAAACCUAUAAGCAGCCUAGUAAACGACUCGUUGAUCUCGUGUGCGGGGCUCUUGGCUAAAUUCGGGGAUGAACGACGGUCCAAAUGGACUAUCGAAGAACGAUCUGCACACCAUAUAGUAUGCAAGGCCUUUAUGGAUGGUGUUGCCUUGCCAGCAAAAGCUGGGUUGGAACUUGUGUACAAGGAUCGUAAUGUCGCUAUUGAACUUGAAAACGUGGCAUCAAAAAUGGGUAGUUGGGGUAAGGAUCAACGGCCUUCUGCAGCAUCAGCAGUCUCGCACGAACAUAAAGCAGUGGUGAAGGAGGAAGUCGUUGUGCGAGAGGAAAUACCUGAAAGUAGAGUAGUUAGCAUUGAUGAACCCGUGACAAAUGAGGUGUCCUGGACAGAAAGAAAUAGCAUAGACAAGCCAUCAACUACUCCAACAACCACAGGUACUACGGUUACAGAGAAGGCGUAA